UUACGAUGUAGACUAUUGUCAAAUACUCACUACUCACAUUAUCUUGGGCAAAAGUAGUAGUAGUACUACUACUACAAUGAAAAUGGCGCGCAGUGCUCUCCCACCCACACACUGAAAUCUAGGGUUUUAGUUUUCAAAAUCAAAUUGAACCUAGUUUUCUCUGGAGUAAAAAUUAGCGCGAAGAAACCACUUCCUAUACUCUGCUUCAAUUUUGUCGACCACAGCGUUUAAGUGCCAGUAGCUACAAAUGGCUUGGUGGGAAGGCUUCGAUGAAACUCGAGUUCUUAUCGCGCAAGAUCCUUCUACGACUGGGAAGCAUCAGGGUUCAUUUUUAUCACUUCGGCAUCCCAGAACAGGAAAUAAAGCGUGCUAUCUCUGUGUUGAUGGAGUUCUUCAAGAACUUCACUGGUUUAAGCAAUCUUAUGGAUCUUGGUUCAUUGGGGAUUAUGUUUGUGAAGAUGGCCGCUUGUAUACUGCCACUCCCAUUGAUCCUGUUUUUAUUCUUUUGCCCGUCUUUGAGGAAGCUCGAAUGAAGAAAGGAAAUGAACCGGGGAAGUUUAGGCAACUUGAUGAGAUUAUGUAUAUUCAAGGGUUCCCUGGAUAUCAAUCUCUGUCAUCUGUUGCAGAGAAGGCUAUGGAAGUUGUUUGUGAUCUUAAAGUUUUUCUGGACAAGAUCAAAGUCAGAACACUUCAAUCAAAGAAGUAUCUGGAAGUUGGGUCGAGCAAGUUUUUCAGGCUCAAUGACAUGAAGGUAUUGAAGUGGUUAUGUUAUAAGGUGCAACAACUGAAGCAAACACUACGGACAUUGGAUAAGAAUUAUGCUGCCCGAGACGAGAAAGAUACAUUGUUUGAUGCAGUGUCAAUCAUGCGGGAGUACUUGAAGGAUGAGCCUUGGAUAAAUCUUCUUUGCAACAAACUCAAAUUAAAUGUAGAUGACUUGACAAAGGCACAAGAUGUUGCAGUACUUCCACAUUCCACAGGAAAUGAUCUCGGAUCACCAGCACAGGAGACCAGCGUAACGGGGAAGAAUGCAUCACGGGCCACAAGGCAACAAGCUAAGAAGGCAAAAGUGGAGAAAGAUUCACAAAACAUUAAGGACAUGUUCAGCAGGGCUACUAGAAAGAGAGGGUAAAACAGGGUUUUCUUUACCAUGAAGACAUUCAUGUUAUACGAUGUGAUAUUUCUGCAUUUCGAUAAUUUUCUAAUUAAAUCCCAAGCAAAUUCCUUCUCUCA